GUUUUUUUUAUAAAUAUGGCUAGAGAUGAUAAAAGAAAGUUUAGAUCGACAAAGAGAAAGAAAAUGAGAGGAUUUUUUGGGAAAAGACCGCAAGAAACUUCGACAUCUGUGAACAACGAUAGCAUUACGCAUUUGAAUCCUGAAAGUUCCGCGGCCGUUACUGGCAUUUCUACCUCUGUUUUGCCUUCGGAAAGGGAAAGUAUUUCAACAAAAAAGUUGCUAAACAGCUCGUUUGAAAAAUUUGAGAACAAUGAACAUGUUUUCACUCGUCAACAAGCGCGACACGUCAGUCUAGGACCCGUGUCCAGUGUAGACGUUGUUCUGGCUACAAACUACAGGAUGCCGAACUUUUGAGCAAGUGUAUCUCAGAUGCGGCAGUUUGUAGCUCCUGCUGUAAACCUUCUUCUAAGCUCCAACUGUUUCAGAGAAAUAAUGAAAGAGAAGGUUUGUCGGAUUGUCGGAGUCUUUGUUUUUGAAAUUUUCAUCUUGCAAGAUUGAAACCUCGUUGUCAGCAAGCAAACGUUUGGGUGGAAAAGGUGGAGGGGCACAUGAUGUAAAUCGUCUGUUGGCAUCUGUGGGACAAAGUGGACUAAGCCGACUAACUAACUUUUGUGCUGCAAUGAAUUUACCUCCUCCUGUGAUCAAUGAAAAAGCAGCCAUUGGAAAUGCUGAGCAGCAAAUGCAAGAGUCAUUUUUUUUAUUUCAGUUGACACUGGUGAGAUUUUGGAUUAUACAGUGAAGUCUCUUUUCUGCCAUGAGUACUAGUGCAAGGCUCACAAUGACGAUGAUAAGGAUUCGGACAAGUAUAAAGAAUGGAAGCAGGCACAUGAGACAAGGUGCCAAAUUAAUCAUCACGGGUCAUCUGAGGAAAUAUUUGAAAGCUACUUCUGCAUUUGAAAUAUUUAGUCGCAGUAUUUCAUCGAGGGAAUUGUGGGACACGGAGACAGCAGUAGCUUUGGUCGGGUAAAGGAAGCACUAGAGAAAAAAUUUGGUGUUGAGUAUGUUAUAGUCAAAGAAGAAUGUGUUGGACAUGUCCAAAAGAGACUAUAG